AUGGAAGGCUUUAGUCAGGACGAACUGGAAUUUGUGAGAAACGGAAUAGCUAAAGGGCAUCGAUCAGAUCUAAGGAAGAGCAAAGAAGAAAGAAAGGCACACGUCAUUUGCUCAUCUAUAGCACAGGGCGAUGGAAGCGUUAGGGUUAAACGUGGAUGGUCUGAGAUAGAGAUAUCCAUUCAAUUCAAAGAAACACCUGAAACCUUAGGGGCUUCUAAUGUACCUGGAGAAAUCCUUGGUAGUAACGAGCUGUAUAUGGAAUCCAUAGAGUUCUCUAAAAUUGCCAUUCCAAAGAUUAUUACUUCGAAGAUCCUCGAGCUACUAUCUUCAUAUAAAGUAGGGAUAAGAGUAGAGUUUAGCAUAUUAAGUAAUGAUGGAAACAUAUAUGAUUUGUUUUUUAUUGGACUUAGUACGCUAUUUAAAGAAUUGGAAGUGCCUGUUAUAGAAGAUUUGAGAAAAACAGUAAAGCGAGAGAUAGACAUCCCAGUUUCAAAAACUGUUGCUUUAUUUAACAAUGGUUACUUUGUAGUGGAUCCAACAAUGAUAGAGGAGGAAGCAUCAUGUGGAUUGAUGCAUGUAUUUAUUAGCAAUGAAGGCAAAUUGAUGGGAUGUUUAUCUGAAGGAAAUUGUGAUAUUGAUCAGGAAGUAUUCGUAAAUAUUAUAAAAGAGAUUUCUAUCUAA